AUGGCGACUGAAGAUGAUAACUUCGAUAUUGACAUCUAUGGAGAUGGUGGCGGUUACAACAACAAUGAACAGGCCGAUGAUGGUGAAUUGGUGUUAGAUGCUCCGGAGCCCACACGCGCGCAACCUCAACAACCCUCCGGAAAUGAAGGCGCUGUCACAGAAGAAAACAAAGCCCCUGUUCCCGCCACCACAAACUCACAGCCGCCUCCCUCUUCGACAAACGGCGAUCACACAAUGGCUCCCCACCAAAACACUACCUCCGAUGUACCCGCGCCACAUGGUGUCAAGCGAAAGGAAUACGACGACCGCCCCUCUGAUCCAGACGCGACAACUGCCUUGCUUGUUUCAGACCUCUCCUGGUGGACAACCGAUGAUGAUAUUCGCGGUUGGGUAAACCAGGCAGGCUGCGAGGACGAACUUAAGGACAUUACCUUCAGCGAACACAAAGUAAACGGAAAAAGCAAAGGUCAAGUUUUUAUGGAGUUCAACACCCCCCAGGCUACAACCGCCACUAAGCACAAGAUCGAAAGCCUUGCUGCCUCCGGCCGUAAAUACAUGGUUAACUACACCAAUCCACACGUGAACCCAUUCCGCACUCUCCCGAAGGAUGCCCCAAUGCGCAAGGAUAACCCCCGUGGUGGCGGCGUGUCUACUGGAUUUAGCUCCGGCAACCAGAACAUGAACUUCAACAGCGGAGCGAAUAAUAUGGGCAUGGCUACCGGCGGUAGCUAUCGCGGCCGUGGUGGAUAUAGUAACAACCGCGGCAUGGGUGGUAAUAUGAACAACUUUAAUAACCGAUCCAAUUACAACAACAUGGGUGGAGGGUUCCAGGCCGGCGCUGGUGGUCCUGGCGCUCCUGCUGGUAUGAUGGGCGGGUUCCAAGGAAAUAUGCCAGGCAUGCAAAACUACGGUUUUAAUAACCGUGGGGGUAUGAUGGGAGGUAUGCGUGGAGGGCCUGGGGGCAUGCGUGGCCGUGGAGGCGGCAUGGGCAUGAAUCCCAUGGCUGGUGGUAUGGGGAUGAACCCUAUGAGCGGUGGUAUGGGGAUGAAUCCCAUGGGUGGUGGUAUGAACCCCAUGAUGAAUGGAAUGGGAGGAAACAUGGGAAUGCAAGGACAAGGAUUCCAGGCUCCGAACCCAGCUUUCAACCAAGGAUUUUUCAAUAACCAAGGUGGUGGUGGUGGAGAUGCAUCCUGGAACCCCCACGGUGCGAAGCGAAGUCGCCAGGAGUAG